GAUGUUUAAUGUCUUCAUUUUCUUCUGGUGUGAACAAAUAUUGUAAGUUCAACAAAUUGGCUUCUAAAGUCUAUAGGUGUCUUUUUCUGAAACUUUGGAUUAUGAUAAGAUGAGACGUGUUAGAUGGGGCAGCCACAUGAAACUUUCCAAGAGGGUCCUCUUAGCGUAUGAAAGGGGUUAAGCUUAUCAAAUGUCUUGGUCAAUAUGGAAUUUCUGUUGUUUUGGCAUAGAAAAUGGGGCAAGUUGAUUUUUCAAUGUGAAAACUUAUUAAAUGUCUUGGAGUUUAUGUAAAAAACAUAUAGACGUAGAAACUAUGAAUACUCAUGUAUACAAUGCAAUAAUGGCGUCUCAAGGAUGCAGGUGAUAAGUAGGGUAGUUCUGUAAUCUCUUCUGUUGGAAUUUGAAAUGAUUCGGGUCUUGUUUUUUGUGUCGGUUCUUCUCUCUUGUCUACCUUUUCUUCACUCUGCUGCAGACGGAAACAAUUCUUUGCCUAUCUGCCCAGAAAGUUUCAGUUGUCCAGGUUUGGGCGCACUCAAGUACCCGUUUUACAAUGUCACUGACAGGAAAUGUGGGUUGAUCAAGAUCAAUUGUACUUCGAAAGAGAUUCAGUUUGGAGGAUGGGUAUAUGAGUUUGUUGGAAAGUUUGAUUUUGAUAAUGAUUAUAUAGCCAUUUAUAAUAGAACAUUUCAGCAGUUAGUGAAAAAUAAAAGCUGUGACGCACUUACGAAUAAUUUCACGCCUCCAAGUCCUAGCCCUCUUUUGUAUUCCGUUUCUAUAAUUCCCACAAUCACUCUCUUCAAAUGCAGAAAAAAUCUCACUUAUCCUCAACAAAAGGAACCUUACUUUGAGGAACAUAAUUACAAAAGCUACAACAGUUGCAAAGAUCACAAUAUCUACUAUAACUAUUUGAAUGGAACAAUUCCAAGUGUCCUCCCACAUAGAUGUCAAGUAGUGCAACUACCUGUGAAAUUUUCAAGCAGUCCAGGAUUUGAUGAAACCAAUAUAUUUUCUCUUCUCUCUCCCGUCACCGCUAUUGUAUUUAAUUUGUCAGAUUUCUGUCAGGAGUGCCAGAAAAAAGGCCUCCGGUGUGGAACUACUGAAGAUAGACCUUAUGUUCGUUGUUUCGAUAUCAUAAAAGUAAAACCAGGCGAACAGACCCCAAGUACGAAUACAGGAAAAAGUGGCAAAAAGUGGACACGGAUUAAGAUAUCAGUCAUCAUUGGAUCAGUCCUCAUCCUCAUGCUGUCUUUUGUCAUCUUCAUAACCUGGUGUUUCUGUAGAAGCAGCCCUUUUUCCUAUGUCUUGUCGAAGAACAGAUCUCCAAACCUUGGAGACAUAAGUUUCUCCUUUGGCGUCUCUGUUUUCUCCUAUGAGGAGCUUGAAGAUGCCACCCAAAAUUUCGACCCGUCUCAUGAACUCGGGGAUGGAGGUUUCGGAGCUGUUUAUUACGGUAAACUCCAUGACGGGAGAAGAGUUGCAGUGAAGAAACUUCACGAGCACCCUUACAAUCGAGUCCAACAAUUCAGAAAUGAGGUUGAAAUCCUCACCAAAUUAAGGCACCCGAAUCUGGUCGUUCUCUACGGUUGCACCUCCAGACAAAGCCGUGAACUUCUCCUUGUUUACGAAUAUGUUUCAAACGGCACCGUUGCAGAUCACCUCCACGGAGAACUAUCAAAUCAAAACCUGCUAACAUGGCCGAUACGGAUGAACAUUGCAAUUGAAACAGCCAGUGCACUGGUGUACCUUCAUGCUUCUGAAAUCAUACAUCGAGAUGUAAAGACGUCCAACAUUCUUCUUGAUCAUAAUUUCUGUGUUAAGGUAGCAGAUUUCGGUUUCUCAAGGCUCAUACCGAAUAAUGUCACUCAUGUGUCAACAGCUCCUCAGGGAACCCCAGGAUACGUGGAUCCACAAUAUUACGAAGAUUAUCAACUAACAGAUAAGAGCGAUGUUUACAGCUUUGGGGUAGUCUUGAUUGAACUAGUAUCAUCAAUGACCGCAAUCGAUUUAAACAGGGCUCAAGACGAGAUUAGUUUGGCUGACCUGGCUUUAAACAGAAUCCAAAGUUGUGAAAUUGAUGAACUAAUUGAUCCAGUUUUAGGAUCUGAUACAGAUCCUGAAAUCAUGAACAUGAUCACAUUAGUAGUAGAAUUGGCUUUUAGGUGUUUACAGUAUGAUUCAGAGAUGAGGCCUUCAAUGAAUGAGGUGCUGGAUGUGUUGAUGGAUAUUCAAGACGUGAGUAGAAUAGACACUUACGACAGUAUCAAAGACUUGCAAACCGUGAAUAUGUUGCCUUUGUCUGAAACCAACGAUGCAGUGGUUUUGUUGAAAGAUUUUCACCCUUUGCCAGUCUCCGUCACUAAAGAGUGGCAAAGCAACAACAGUGCAUCAACUACGCUAAGCAGCAAUGGAGAUAGAUUAUCAUUUAAGAAUAAUAUCGACACAUAUAAAACACAUGGGAAAUAAGGAUGACAUGAGCGCCUCCUUUAAAAAAACAUCAAAGUAGCCAGUUAGCAUGAGAUACAUGGAAUUGUGUAACUACUUUUGCUCGUGUAUCUUGCUUUUUUUCCAUUAAUGCAAAAUAUAUGUGAAUAUACUAUUGCUUAUCAUU